AUGGAUUCAGGCUCACUCCCACCAUCAAUCACCGAGCCCAUAAUCGCGGCCUACGCACAGGGCAUUCGGCCAGCGUUUGCCUUUAUUCUGAUACCUGCCAUUUUCUCAGCCAUGCUCGUGCCCCUUUUCAUCAUGCUCUUGACGCUUUCGACUCCCCAGCUCCGCCGCGGGCCCAUCUUCAUUCUCAACACCGCUGCCAUCUGCUUCGGCUUGAUUCUCGCAGUUGCGGCUUAUCUUACCGCUCAGAUGGAAACCAUUCUUUCGUCGUUCCGCGCAAUCACCAAAGGCGAAGACCUCGUAUACACAAUUCUGGAUGCAUGGGUCCCUUGGCUUGCCGAAUUCGUCCUCCUUUUCCGUGUUUGCAUUGUGUUUCCACGUGCACAGCUUCCCUUUGUGCUCGCAUUUUCGGUUCUUCUCAAGAUCGGACGAGGCGUCAUAAACAUCCUCUUCACCAUCGGCUGGGCAAAGGGGCUAUUCCGCCCCGAGACCAUGAAUCAAUUCGAGGUCCUAGAACAGCUCAACCCGGUGUAUUUCAAAUUGGGGUAUACCCUCGAACUGUUGGAUAAUGCAUACAUCUCAGCGCUAUUCCUCUGGCGACUCGGCCGGACGGGGCGUGUAUUCAACAGUGAAUCAAUAGGCAGGUUUGACCAUAAGGAAUCAUACUCUGACCGUUUGAAAAACCUGUUUUGGAUUGCCAGCACAAAUUUUGUGUUCCCGAUCAUUUUCAGUGUGUCACAGAUUGCAACUUUGUUCAGGGGACAUAUGACCACUGCUGCUGGUCUCCACCUGGCCAACUGUUAUGUUGAAAUCAUCUCGACUGUCUUUGCCACCAUAUGGUCCUCAACAGCUUCCUUUGCUGAGGCAACCAAGGGAACGUUGGCCUCAUCUAUACGCUUUGCACAGCCAAGAACGUCGCCUGGCCUGCCAAUAGAAUUGCAUAUAGACCAAGUGAUAAGUGUUACAACAGACUCUCUGCCAAUCCAAGGACAAGAAGGAAAACCUGGUGGGGUUUAGUACCUAUUAGUCCAGUCAUCAUUCUGAGCAGAAAUUCCUUUCUUUUGGGAGCACCCUGAGUGAUGAGAUGAUUUACUUGUUGAGCACUGGGGAGAGCAUCUAGAAGCUCACCUGUGUGAGUGAGAGCUUAGUGUGG